CUGAGAGCCCAUGCGGGCCGGGGGCGGCGGCCCUGCAGGGCUGCUGGGCCCAACCGUCCUCCUGGCCGUCGCCGCCGCCUCCUCCUCCUCCUACUGGCCUUCAUCCCCAGGAGUCAAUUACACCAAAGGGCGAAGUCUGAUCGGCCACGAGACUGAGAAUGGAAUCCGUGUGGAUGAGUUCUCUAAGCAUGUCCUCAACAGCAGACUGACCACGGUCUUUCUUCCCAUAGUCUACACCAUCGUAUUUGUCAUUGGCAUCCCAAGCAAUGGCCUGGCCCUAUGGGUCUUCCUCUUCCGGACCCCAAAGCAGCAUCCAUCCGUCAUCUAUAUGGCCAACCUGGCUUUGGCGGACCUCCUCUCUGUCAUCUGGUUCCCCCUAAAGAUCGCCUACCACAUCAAUGGCAACAACUGGAUUUACGGCGAAGCCAUGUGCAGAAUCAUGAUUGCCUUUUUCUACGGCAACAUGUACUGCUCCAUCCUCUUCAUGACUUGCCUCAGCGUUCAGAGGUACUGGGCCGUGGUGAACCCCAUUGCCCACUUCUGGAGGAAGUCAAAUGUGGCCCUGGGGGUUUCCUCUGUCAUAUGGCUACUGAUCAUGCUGGCCACCAUCCCCUUGUACGCCAUGAAUCAAACCGUCCACAUCCCGGCCCUCAACCUCACGACGUGCCACGAUGUCUUACCCAAGGCAGUCCUGGCUGGGGACAUGUUUAACUAUUUUCUCUCCCUGGCCAUUGGGGCCUUCCUGCUCCCAGUCUCCCUCACCACCUCCGUCUAUGUGCUGAUGAUCAAGGUUCUCAAUUCUUCCCACGUGGAUGAAACCAGCGGGAAGAAGCUGAAAAGGGCUGUCAAGCUCAUCAUCACCGUGAUGACCACACACCUGAUCUGCUUCACCCCCAGUAACAUCCUGCUCGUGGUGCACUACUUCUUAAUUCGCACCCAGGGCCAAAGCUACAUCUACGCUGGGUACAUCGUAGCCUUGUGCCUGUCCACUCUCAACAGCUGCAUCGAUCCUUUCAUCUACUAUUUCAUCUCCCAAGAUUUUCGGGAUCACGUGAAGAACACCCUCCGAGGCCGGAGCGUCAGGACGGUGAAGAGACUUCAAGUGUCUCUCAUGUCAAAGAAGUACUCCAAGAAGUCCAGCACCUACACUUCCUCCUACUCCUCCAGCUCAACCAGCGUUAAGGCCUCUUCCUGAGGCAUUGGACUUUGGAGGCAGCGUCUUGGUGUUUGACCCAGCUGAUCAUUUGUCAUUCUGCCUCUCCUUUUGCUCUAUUUACAGAAUGGUGGUCACCUGUACCAGAAGCCCUGGCUCCUGAGGGGUUGGAAGAUUCCACGAGAAUUGGAGGCGAGGCCCUCCCAACCAAGUGGAUAAUUAACAUCUGUCUUGUGCCAUUCUUAAUAGACUCCACUGACCUAAUGACAACUUCAGAGGUGUUCAGAAAAAAGCAGAACAGAGGGAUCUGGAAUUUCAGAUGGUGUCUGACCCACUGGGUGGCCCAGUGAUGAAUGUGCUUGUUCAGGCUGGAUGGCUUCGGUUCUGGGGACCGUGCGUGGCACAUUGUUGGCUCAGAACCAUGGUCCAUCCAGGGGGAAAAGGAUUCUGUCUUCAGCAGAGGCGACAGGAUGUUUGGAGGAACCAAGUGACAGUUAUGUGCCUUCUAUUACUGGACACAGAACCUCGCGCUUAAAUGUAUUUAUUAUUUAAACGAUUUUUUUUUGAUAAUUGAAAGAAAUUCACUGUGCCCCUGGGGCCAGUACCUGAGGAAAUGACCAUUUUUGAGGCAUCAGAACUGUGCGCCCCACUUCCAAUGAUGAUGAUGAAUUCUUGAGACAAAAAUCCUAGUCUUUAGUUUUUGUAUAAUUAAGAAUCCUAUUUACCACUUGCCUCCCUAUUAAAAUAUUUAAUUUUUAUACUGGCUAUUAACCAAAUGGUCAUUCUUGCCAGGAAUGAAGUUAGAAUUGCCUGAUGAGAUUAGAGUGUGGGGAGCUGGAAGACCAGCUGUUGUGACCCGCACUAUGGUGUUUGCUGAUGGGAAGCUACCAGCGGGCUGGCAUGUGGUCCCUGACUGAUUUUUUUUUCUUUUCUGUUGGUUUGUUUUUUGCAGAGACUGUUUUGCGGGGUUGGAGGGGAAGGUUGUAACUAUAUUUUAUAGCAUGAUCUCUUGUAAAUAAGGCCAGACAUUUUAUAAUUUGUUUCUGAGUUGGAAUUUUUUUUUCUCUGCAGGGUUGGGGAGGGGAGGGAAUCACAGAUCCUGCUUUUGUUUUACCUUUUGAUUGAGAAACUCAGCCACCCAGCAGAAUGGAUAACUUCCUUUCACAAGAUCCCUGGCAAAUAGACCUCCACCCAGUACAGUUCUUUGUGAUGAAAAGUAUACAACGUUGAAAGGGUUUCAGUCUUUUCAGCGUGCAUGCUGAGCCCACAUUUGGGUUGUGGUGGUGUCUGUGGACACGUUUGGAAUGUACCACUUUCUUAGUAAGCAGACUUAACUCAUACCGAAAACCUAUCCCUUGGGAUUCUGGGAGCUAAUUUGUUUUACCCAAUGUAAUUUUACCCAACAUAACUCAGGGAUCACAUCUCCAUCAGUAGGAAUUUUUACUCUUUUUGUAGC